AUGUCUACUAUCACGGAAAGCAACGCUCAUUCCAAUCAAAUAUGGUAUGAACUAUUACUCGAUCGAGGUCUAAUACCGGAUUUUAUUCUUCGCCGGGGCAUUAGGAUUAUGUUGGAAGAUCGUCUGAGACAGAUUAAAUCCGAUGAUGUACAAAAGAGUCAACAGCGAAAGAUGUCGUACGUUAAACAGUUGAAAGAACGCCCAAUCGCCGAACAUACCGAUAAGGCUAACGAGCAGCACUACGAAAUCAAACUCGAACAAUUAAUUGACACGCGAACAGGCAAUGAAACUCUAGAUGAGGCAGAGGAGCGCAUGCUGGAAUCCUAUUGUGUCAAAGCCCGCGUUCAAGAUGGGAUGGAGAUUCUCGAUUUAGGCUGCGGAUGGGGUAGCUUGUGCCUGUAUUUAUGUGAGAAAUACCCGAAUGCAAAGGUCACGGCAUUAUCGAAUUCAAAUACUCAACGUGAAUACAUUAAUGAUUUGGCUCAACGAAAAGGAUACAAAAAUUUAAAUGUUAUCACGUCUGAUAUUAAGGAAUUUGAUUUUGAAAAGGGGUCCAGAUUCGAUCGCAUAUUAUCAAUUGAAAUGUUUGAACACCUGAAAAACUACGAAGAUCUCCUGAAAAAGCUUUCAAAUUGGCUUAGACCACGUGGACUCCUAUUCGUUCAUAUAUUUUGUCAUCGUGAACAACCCUAUGAUUUUAUGGUUGAGGAUGGGUGGAUGGCGAAAUAUUUCUUCACCGGGGGUACAAUGCCGUCUGCAGAUUUAUUUCUUUAUUUUCAAAGCGAUCUCAGAAUAAUUGACCAAUGGAAUAUUAAUGGCAACCAUUACAGCAGAACUUCCGAGGAAUGGGUAAAGUUGAUGGAUAAAAAUAAAAAGAAAGCAUUGGAACACUUGGCAAAGACAUAUG